GGAAUGCGUGCAAUCUAUUGCGUUUAUCUCAAUACAAAUCGGGAGUGGUGACCUUUGACCGCGCCUUGUUUUCACCCGAGGCCGCGGUGUACAAUAAUGCACUGCUUAACAACACUGUUAGUCCUCGUUCUAGUUUCCUUGCCCCAAGGACCAGGAGCCUCCUUGUUCCAAGGUCUAGACAGGAGAGCACUGUGUAAGACAGUGGAAACCGUUGACUGCAGGAACUGGCCGAUUAACGUGGUUUGCGCGUCAGAUGGAAGGACCUACGAAAACUCGUGUGUGUUUGUUCAAGCCCAUUGCCGAAACGUCAGUCUGCACGUGCGUCAUCCGGGGAGAUGCUACAUGCAUUUGACAAGCAGGCCACGCCCAUCUGUACAAGCGAAUAACAUCAUCCUUAGUCUGGUUUGCUUGGACAUUUUAGCACUCGACUGUCGCAGAACCAUGUCGACUCCGAAAAUCUGCGGCAGUGAUGGCAAAACAUACAGGAAUAAUUGUCGCUUUGAGAAGUCUCGAUGCAGAAAUCACAAUUUGCAAAUGAAGAACACUGGACCAUGCAUAACAUAACGUUAAAAACCUGGCAUUGGAUAUUUGGCAACUUCCAUUUGCUGUCUCCUGGUACAGUGUCGUAUCAUAAAGGUCAAGCGUAUAUAAA